UGUCUUCAUAAGUUCCAAUCCUACUGAGGAAAAAGAUCAAACCUCGUAACCCCACUCAAAUCCUACUUGAUAAAAAUCUUUGCAGAAAAUAUUCUACCCAAUCGGACGGGUCCCACCAAAUGCUCGGAGCCUUGGACGCGUAAAACUCUUUCCGUGUGGAUCCCACCUUCAAAUCACUAUAAUCCAAAAAUCUCACACAAUGAAUCGGCCGCAUGAUGCCACUUGGAGUGCGACGGACUAUUGCAGACCAUGCAUGAGGCCUCACUUUCCUUGCAAAUCAAUCAACCUCGUAGUCGUAGCUCUCUCUGUAUUACCAGGCGAAUGGCGAUGGAGAAGAACAAGAGCUUUGAUGGCAAACCUUCGAACCACAAGGUAAAACUAUUGUGCAGAUUUGGGGGGAAGAUUCAAACCAGGUCUCAAGACCACCAACUCACGUACAUCGGCGGCGACACAAAAAUCCUGACCGUUGAUCGAAGAAUCAAGUUCUGCGACAUUUUCACGAAGAUUUUCACCUUAUGCAAUUUAAGCAGUGAAUUCUGCUUAAAGUAUCAGUUGCCCGGUGAAGAUCUCGACGCAUUAGUGUCUGUGAUCGACGACGACGAUCUUGAGCACAUGAUGGUUGAGUACGACCGGUUACUUGGGAUUCCGACGGACAAACCAGCUCGUCUCCGGCUGUUCUUGUUUCCGACGAACCCGCCGGUCAAGGCAGGUUCGGAUACACCGUUCAAUCCGGAUUUUCUUUUUGGGUUUGACAAGGAAUUGCAAGUGAAUUAUACGCCGACAUACGAGAUUCCUCAGAUUCCUGGUGUGAGCAUGCCUGAGAUUUCCGGGUCGGAUCCACAUGAAGGAGCCCUAGUGAAGACGGGAAUUCCGGGGCAAGGAUCACGUGAAAGUCACGUGAUAUAUGGAGAGUUUGCGGCACAGUUUGGGUUUCACAAGGGCUCUCAAGUAUAUACCACAGCGACGACAUGCGAGAGUCCUCAGAUUCAGGGUAUGGGAAUCCCCGACGUUUACGGGUCGAAUCCACGUGGAAGUCAGGUGACAUGCGAAGGUUUAGCUGGACAGCUAGUUUACCCGCUGGCAUUAACGACCACCGGGUUUGGNAAUGAUGGUGGUAUGGCGACAGUAGUGAUUUUUGUGGUAAAGGGGGUGGUGGGGUGGCGACGACAACAACGAUGGUGGUAG